AUCAUCUCUUUCCCCCCUUUUCCCUUUCUGCAACCAAAGCUAAGCUACUUCUAAGCUAAGGAACUGCUGUAAAAACUAUAAUACAAUAAUAGGUAGCUUAGGUUGAAAGAGAUCGGUGGAGAAGAAAGCAGGAGUCCCAAAAAAACAUUAGGGAAUUAGGUGUAAGAGACAUGAAGAAAAGUCCUUCUGAGCAGGCUCUUGCGGAGCUUUUUGGGGGGAAGAAUAAUGGAGGCGAUAAGGACAUUAUUUCUUCUGGUGAUCUUGAUCAGCAUCCCUCCCUCUUUCUCAUAAAUCAAGAUAUAAUGCAUGGGCUUUCGAGUUUCAAUCCCUUGAGUGAUCAUGCCAAUUUCUGGUCUAAGAAAACAACUCCCAGCCAUGGACCUGGGGAUGCACAGUCUUCAACGUGUGACAUAAAAUGCAUAGUUGGGUUUCGAAAUUCAAGUAUUAAACCAAAUGGAAGUGACAAUCAAAUGACUGGAGCCACUAGUGGAUCCUCUCACGAACUAUAUGAGGAUGAUGACAUGGAAGCAGAAGGAGGAGAUGCAUGCGAGCAAAGUGGGGUCAAUAAUACUGAUGUGAAACGCAAAAACAGGAUGGCUUCCAAUAGGGAAUCUGCUAGGCGUUCAAGAAAAAGAAAGCAAGAGCAGUUGCAAGAACUGGAAAACCAGGUUGAUCAACUACGAGGAGAAAAUGCAUCUUUGUUCAAGCAACUUACAGAUGCUGCUCAGCAAUAUAAAGACUCUUCAACAAAUAAUCGAGUGCUUAAAUCAGAUGUGGAAGCAUUGCGAGCCAAGGUGAAGCUAGCAGAAGAUAUGGUUACUCGAGGAUCAGUGAAUUCUAGUUUGAGCCAUCUUAUUCAAAACUGUCUCACCGCACCAGCAACACUAGGCAAUAAUAACGUAUGCCGGUUGGAUAAUAUGUGUUCUACAAUCAUAAGUGUCCCCGAAGGGCUUCAAAGGCUACCAUUAAUCCAGCAGGGGGGGCCAACUCCAACUAUGAGACUCCAAAAUAAUGUUGAUUCUUAUACUGAUAGUAACUUGAAAAAUAACAAUAAUGGAGUUAUGAGUGAAGUUGUGAGCUGCGUAUCAGAUAUGUGGUCCCCGCUCGCUAGCUACGAUCAGAAAUAACCUCAAUCUAUCUCAAACUUAUUGAAUAAUUAAGUUUCUUAGCUUAAUUGUACUAUUAGUAUUGGUAUUGGUGUGCUUAUAAUAAACAAAGUUUGCUUAAUAUGGUCUGGCCUAGAAGCUAUUACUGUAUGAUAUAUAUAUGUAUGUAGUUUCAUCUGAGUUAGCUGUACCUACUUUUGCUACCUUAUAUAUCUAGACUAGACUAGAUAUGUGCACUUGGUUUAUUAUGUUGCAAUAUAAUAUAGAUGUGAUUAAGGGUGUCUUUGGAAACCAGUGAAAUUACUUAUGGAAAAUGAGUUAUUUUUUGGAAAA